AUGUCGUCGGGAGUUAGCAAACGAGCCCUGGCGACUAACAACCAGUCAAUGCCGCGGCACGAGACAACGGCGAGCCAGCAAAAACUCGACUUUUCAUCAGGCUCACAGCACCGCACGUCGAACUCUUGGACGAAACGCGACAUAGUCGACCGAUCGAAGCUUUUUGCACGCGACUUAAUGUCGCGACGGGGCGACGACACUGUGGCCUUGCAAUGCAAGGACACAAGCUGCAUCGCGGCCCGCAAGAACAUUGCGAUGAUGAGAGAAGAAGACACAGACGGCGCGACUUUACGCUGUUUCCCGGACCCGGCUGAGACUACGCCCGCCGAGGCCACGCCCGAGGUCGCUACUACGGAGACGAAGGCCGGUGAGACGCCCGCUACUGAGGAGGCUGCCAAGAAGGAAGAAGUCGCUAAGGAAGAGCCCGAGGUCGGGGAGGUUGCCACUGAAGAGCCCGAGGUCGAGGAGGCUGCCACGAAAGAGCAGGUUGUCACCGAAGAGCCCAAGGUUGAGCAGGUUGUCACCGAAGAGCCCAAGGUUGAGCAGGUUGCCACCGAAGAGCCCAAGGUUGAGCAGGUUGCCACCGAAGAGCCCAAGGUUGAGCAGGUUGCCACCGAAGAGCCCAAGGUUGAGCAGGCUGUCACCGAAGAGCCCAAGGUUGAGCAGGUUGCCACCGAAGAGCCCAAGGUUGAGCAGGUUGCCACCGAAGAGCCCAAGGUUGAGCAGGUGGCCACGGAAGAGCCCAAGGUUGAGCAGGUGGCCACGGAAGAGCCCAAGGUUGAGCAAGUGGCCACGGAAGAGCCCAAAGUUGAGGAGGCUGUCAAGGAAGAGCCCAAGGUAGAGGAUGUUGUCAAGGAAGAGCCCAAGGUAGAGGAGGUUGUCAAGGAAGAGCCCAAGGUUGAAGAGCUCAAGAAGGAAGAAUCUAAGAUCGGGGAGCUCAAAAAGGAGGAAGUGACCGCAUAA